AUGCCUGUUCAAUUGCUGAAGAUCAUUAAAGGAAAAUCUGAGACUCCGCUACCAAGCCAUUUGCAGAAGGAGGAUUUGAAACACUUGCAAGAAGGCUUUGAUCAUACCAACAAAUACUUUCAGGGAAUAGUUAUUCUUUCCUACCCAUUAACAAAACUCAGAGAUGGGACAGACUUUUUCAAGGUCGUUCUUCAAGAUUUGGAUAACUCAUGUUCACGGAUCAACAGCAUCAAUAUUUUAAUAUAUGGAAAAAUGGCAGAGGAUUGUGCAAAAGUUAUACGCCAUGGGGACACCGUUGUAGUUGCAGGAUUUAAGUUGGCAAAAUCGCCUACAGCGAGAGAGGAUGGUAGACAUGGUUGCCACCUGGAGAUGUCUGAAGAAGCUGGAUCAGCCAUUUAUGUAUGUGGGUACCCAACUUUGAGUGUAAUUGGAGUAAAUAUUAUUUUUCCUUCUGUUGCACCAAAAUAUGUGUAUACUCCUCUGAAUUGUCUUAAAGAUGGAACUAUAGUGAAUUUGUAUGGCGUUGUGAAAUUCUUCAAGCCUCCAUAUGUAAGCAAAGGAACUGAUUAUUGCUCAGUUGUAACACUUGUGGACCCAUCAAAUGUGAAGUUAACGUGCACUCUUUUUAAUGGAAAUCUAGAUUCCCUACCAAAAAUUUACAAAGUUGGAGAUAUUGUUCGAUUUCAUAGAAUAAAGAUCAGGGAAUACAAUGGACAGAUGCAGGGAAUUACCAGUGUGGGAUUUGCAUCCUUGACAUUUGAUGGAACUGUAGGAGCACCAAUAGUUCCUCGAACUUCUAGCAAAGUGUACACUUUCAUGGAUGAAGAACAAAAGACAAUAGAAGAAUUACGUGUUUGGGCAGCCAGUAAUCUUUCCAUCUCUGGACCAGCAGCAAAAUUGUCUGGUGUUCAGCCAAUGCUGUUCUUUGAUCUCACUUGCCAGCUGGUAGGAAAAGCAAAAGUGGAUGGAUCUUCUUUUCUUCUAAAGGUAUGGGAUGGCACAAAAUGUCCCUACCCAACAUGGAAGGUGCCUGUGGAAGCAAGAGACCUGGAGGGAGAAAAAGUUCUUCUUCAUCAGCUGCGAAAUCUAACGGUGGACGUUCUAGUCUAUGAUAACCAUGUACAACUGGCAAAAUCACUUAAGAUUGGAAGUUUUCUGAGAAUUUACAGUAUUCAUACGAAACAAGCAAAUGCUGACAAUGAAGAUGUCUCACAUAUAGAAUUUCAUCUUCAUGGUGGCACGUGUUAUGGUCGAGGAAUAGGAGUCUUACCAGAAAGUAACCCGGAUGUUAAGGAGCUGAAAGCUUUCUUAGAAUCUGUGGAUCUGGCAGACAGUCAGAAUAUAGAAAGCAUGUCUUCAAUGGAAUUAGAUGGCACUUUUAACAAUGUUACAGAUCUUGAAUCACACUUACAGAGAUGUCAGCAGUUAUCUGUUACAGUAUUAACAGAUCAUCAGGAUUUGAAUAACACAGAACUGAAAACCAUUCUGAACAGCACGGCUCCUCAACAGUAUCGCAUUAGAGCAAAGCUGAGGACUUAUAAACCCCAGAAGCUCUAUCAGUGUAUUAAACUUCAUUGUUCCAAAUGCAACUCUUUGCAAGAAGUUCCAGAUGGAGAUGACUUUGACUUUAUUUUACAAGGCUCUGCCGUUACUGCCCCAAAUCCAGAAUUACACAAUACAUCCUGGUAUGAUUCUGCAAUGUGGACUACACAAGACCAGAAACAAAGGAAAAUAGCUAUCCAUUUUGUAAAGCAUGAUGAAAUGCUUCAACAGCCUGAAGAUACUUUACUUAUGAUAGAAGGUGGAACACUAAAAGAAGUCUGGAAGCUUACAAAAAGAUUUAAAUGUGUUAUUCCUGUGAGAUCCACAGAAGAUGACCUUGAGUUAUUAGAUCUUUCAGCUCCUUUUCUUUUACAAGGGAACAUAAAAUAUUAUGGGUGCAAGCAGUGUUCAACUCCAAAGCCUAUCAAGAGUCUAAGUUCCAUUGCAGCAGAACAACGACCAUCAUGGGAACCAACUGAAAUAGCACAAGUUUUAGGUAUUGAGCUGCUCCAAUAUGUUUUUAUUAUGAAGUUUACACUGGUUGAUGGAACAGGAGCACUAAAUGCAUACCUUUUUGAUUAUGAAAAGUUUUUCCAAAUUCCUGCUUCCGAAAUCUUAACCAAUAAUUUUCUUCAGCAAAAGAUGCAGAUGACCAUGAACACGCUCUGUCCUCCAGGAAGAAAAUUAGAUGAUUUGCCAUGGCUGGAAUGCUUCAUCAAGUCCUAUAAUGUCAGAGAUGCGAUGAAACAUCAAGUUUAUUACCAAAUUUUUGACACUACAGUUGCUGAAGAUGUUGUAUAG